AUGCAAUCCUCAAUUUUCAAUGGGGCUCAUGCCUCAUAUUAUGUGCACCCACAGAGUCAGACUUUGCUGAAAUCCGCACCUCUCGAUCCACAUCAGUUGAAACCUGUGCUUGUUAUUUCCUCUGACAGCGGUCAAUUUGACGUGGAUGCUGUUGUGAGCGCGGUGCAGAGAUUCACUGAGACAGACGAUGUGUUCUCUGCAGACUUCUUAAGCGACUGCUUGAUUGUGCAGACACUUUCCGGUAUUGAGCCUCAGCGACUUAAUGCCAUAUUCGAUCCUCUGUUGCACCUACAUUCAGGAGGCAUUUGGAAAAAUGUCGCUGUGCCCAGUCGACUUUACUUCAAGUCCAGCCUGGAAAAACCUCUGGCAGGAAAACGUGUCAGUGUAAAAGAUUGCUAUCGCCUCAUGGGUGUGAAGACGACUAUGUCUAGUCGGCCAUUUGAAGAGACAUACGGACCGGAUAACGAAACAGCUGCGUUCGUCAGGGAGCUGAUCGGCCUGGACUUCCAUGCACCAUUCAAUCCUCGUGGGGAUGGGUAUCAAACCCCGGCUGGAAGCUCCAACGGUGCCGCUGCAGCGCUGGCUGGGUAUCCAUGGCUGGACUACUCAAUCGGAACGGAUACAUCUGGAAGUAUCAGGGAACUCGAUGCAAUUGGUAUUCUUGGGCGGGAUUUGCAGGCUACUCACCGAUUUGUCAAGGCAACUGUCAAAGCUGGGCCUGGUGAUAUUAAUGAAUUCCCAAGUCAAAUCAUCUACCCGGCAGACUUCCUACCCUACGGAGACAGUAAGAUGCAAGCAAUUGUGGAUGAAUUUGUGAAAAAUCUGGAAUGCUAUCUCGGGGUAGAAAGAUCAGUCAUCAGUAUUGCUGAGAGAUGGUUGCAAUGCCCACCUAUACAAGCCAACGGUCGACCCAUUCCAAAGUUCCUUGAGAAAGUCGGCUACUAUCCCUUCUACUACGAUGGGUAUCAUGAAUAUGCACGAUUCCGCCAAGACUAUCGCAACAAGUUUGAAAAGGAGCCAUAUGUCGGGCCCUAUAUGCAGUGGAAAUGGGAGAUUGGAUCAAAAGUUUCGGCAGAACAGAAAGAAGGCGCCAUUGAAGAUAUCAGUGUAUAUCGAAAAUGGUUCUCUGAGUGCAUUAUGCGGGAAGACACGAAGACGGCGUCCGAUGCGAUCUUGAUCAUGCCACUCGACACCCCUGCACCAGACUAUAGAGACACUAUUCACAAGCAACCUGGCCCCGUCACAGCGUUCAGUGAAUCUUACACCGCCUCGCUUCUCGGUCUGCCCCAGCUUGUCGUGACUAUUGGGCAGGUGCCCUAUGAGUCGAGGGCCACAAAACGAAUUGAGUAUCACCCAGUGACUAUAUCCCUUGUCGGAGCAAGAGGAAGUGACUUGAUGUUGAUUAACCUGGCUCGAGAGACCCUGAAGCAUGCCAACUGGUCGGACCAAUUACUUACCGGAAGGUAUACUUUCAAGGUCGGCGAGGGAACACGAAAUGUUGCUGAGGACGGGGCGCCUAAGCUAUGA